GAUUGAGAGUGUGUGUAUUUUGCAUGCAUGCAUUGCUCAGUUGCAUCCAUAUGCAUGAUCAUUUCUCAUCAUGCUUUCUGUCUGCUUUGCACAGAGGAGUUGCAGGAUGAGGAAGAGGAGCAGGAGGAGGAAGAUGCGGCGGAGGAACAUGGAGAGGAAGAAGAAACAAAGCCAAAGCAUAAACCCUUUGUGCCAGCGUUAGUGCCUCCCAAAAUUCCUGAUGGAGAGAAAGUUGAUUUUGAUGAUAUUCACCGCAAACGUAUGGAGAAAGACCUGACGGAGCUGCAGACUCUUAUUGAAGUGCACUUCGAGAGCAGAAAGAAAGAAGAAGAAGAGCUAAUCAACCUCACCCAACGGAUUGAGAACCGCAGGGCCGAGCGAGCGGAGCAGCACCGGAUCCGGACAGAGCGGGACAAAGAGCGGCAAAACAAACUAGCCGAAGAAAAGGCACGAAAAGAGGAGGAAGAGGCCAAGAGGAAGGCUGAUGAUGACGCUAAGAAGAAAAAGGUUCUCGCAAGCUUUCAGUACACGGGAUACAUGCAGAGGACAGAUAAAAGGGGCGGGCCUAAGAAGCAAACUGAGAGAGAGAAGAAAAAAACUAUCCUGAGCGAACGGCGCAAGGAACUGAACGUGGAAAACAUCGGCGCCGACAAGCUGAGAGACGCUGCGAAUGAACUCUGGACGUGGAUGCGCCAGCUUGAAGCCGAGAAGUUUGAGCUGCAAUACAAAUACAUGUGCCAGAAGUACGAGAUCACCGUUCUCAGGAAUCGAGUCAGUGACCAUCAGAAAAUUACAAAAGGAUCCAGGACUAAGAGAGGACUAAGAAAAUAAUGCAGCUCCGCAUGCA